AUGGAUUCAGUCAAUUGUUCAAGGGUGGAAAAUUUCAUACUUCUUGGUUUCCCGCAUGUUUGGGGAAUCAAUGUCAGUUUCUUUGUGGUCGUCCUCAUGCUAUACAUGUUGUCCAUCACAGGGAAUGGUCUCAUUGUACUCAUUGUGAGAAUCAACAACCACCUCCAGAAACCAAUGUAUUUCUUCCUUAGCAACCUCUCUUUCCUUGAGAUGUGGUACACCACCACUGUUGUCCCCAAAAUGUUGGCCAAUCUCCUCUUCUCAAAGACUACCAUCUGCUUCUACUGCUGCAUGGCACAGCUUUACUUCCACUUCUUCUUUGGCGUGACAGAGUUUUUCAUCCUGACUGUCAUGUCUUUUGAUAGGUACUUGGCAAUCUGCAAUCCACUGAGAUAUACCACCAUCAUGACCUCUGGUGUUUGCCUACAGCUUUCCCUGGCUGCCUGGUCUGGGGGCUUUUUCUCCAUCCUUUUUCAAAUAAUAAUGGUUCUAAAGCUCCCCUUCUGCAGUUCCAAUAUUGUCAACCAUUUUUACUGUGACAUAGGACCACUGUUGACUGUUUCAGGUGGGGACACACAUUUGAUCGAAGCCUUUAAUUUUCUGAUUGCUGUGGCUGUAAUUGUGACAUCUCUACUUCUGACAGUCAUCUCUUACAUCUUCAUCAUCUCCACCAUUCUCCGCAUCCCUUCAACUAGUGGGCAGAAGAAGGCCUUCUCCACCUGUGUCUCUCACCUGACUGUGGUUAGCAUCUUGUAUGGGGCAGUCCUUUUUGUCUACUUAAGACCCAGUGCUUCAAAGUCAACUUUCAGCCACAACAAAGACAUCUCUGUGCUCAACAUUGUGGUCACCCCAGUGCUCAACCCUUUCAUAUACACCAUCAGGAACAAUGAAGUCAAAGCAGCUUUGUGGAAACUCUUCCAAAGGAAGGCCUUGGCUUAG